AUGCCGUGGCUACUGGCAGCCACCCGGUGCCAGAAAUUUCGAUGUCCGCUCAAACCUAAGCGAUACUUCCUGAACCUUAAUCUCUUGUCUCUAUCCACGGUCGACCCGGGCGUCGUGCAAAAGUCUGUCCCUUCGUCAACGCUCAUCAACGCUUCUUCCACCCCAAUCCUUCAGCAAAAAUGGUGCACUCUCGCCAUCGACCUCCUUAACCCUUCUGCUGAGGCCGAAAAGAGGAGACACAAGCUCAAGCGACUUGUGCAGUCCCCCAACUCGUACUUCAUGGAUGUUAAAUGCCCUGGUUGCUUUGCCAUAACGACUGUCUUCUCGCACGCGCAAACCGUAGUGCUCUGUGGGGCGUGCGCUAGUGUCCUCUGCCAACCUACAGGUGGAAAGGCAAGAUUGACUGAGGGGAGCUCGUACCGUCGGAAGAACUAA